AUGGCGACGCAGACGCAGGUGUUGAUAGCCCAUACGGGCCAGCGCCUGCAGGUUGACACCUCGCAGUUCGCAUCCCUAGAUGAGUUCAAGGCCUGGGUCGCGCACCCCAGUUCCAUUCCGCCGCAGGACAUCAUCGCCCUCACGCCCCAGGGAAAGACAGUCAAGCUGCAGAACAUACAGUCGGAGAAGGAGAUCUAUGUGUACGACAUCCGCAUCACACAGGCCUCGGCCGCCGGCGCGCCCACAUCCUUGUCACCCGAGACACCGCUGCCGAAGCAGCACACCGUCUCGAGCCCCCCCGACUUCAUCGAGGACACACACUCGCUGCAGUCAUGGCAAGACUUAUUCAAAGGCCGCAGGAACUGGGCGCUGAAGAUUGUCGAGGACUGCACCGCCAUGGCCGAGGCCGCGCAGGCUCGCUAUGGCGAGAUGGAGGUCAUGACCAAAUGCCUUGACGCUGCUGUGGCGAACCUCGAUACCGCCGUCCGGCCGAUGGACCCGAAAUAUAACGAGAUGAAGAAGUGGGUUACCACUUCCCAGGAGGAAUACGAGACUUUGGUCGCAAACUUCGAAUAUUACCUCGAGCUGGCCCGCAGCGUUGCCAUCUCUCCGUCCAUGGUGCGUUUCAUGACGGGCAAGGACGUACGCAAAUCGCAGCAGGCCACUUUGGAGGAUCUAGUCGACCUCGAGACCACCCGAAAGGCCGGAAAACUCGCCGGCACCUCUUUGCGCAAGUUCAAUAACAAAGUAGUGGAGUUUGACAAGUCGGCGGACAGGAUGUUCAAUGGCUGCGAUGAUCUAUUCCAGGAGUUUGACAAGGUCGUUGGCCGCUCUAUAUUCCAGCACAAAAAUGACAGCAUACAGUUACUGGAAGACAUUGAAGCUGUGGCCAAGAAGGUCGACACCGACUACCAGACGACAUUGAGCUACUCUACUUCGACCCGGGAUGUUCUGCAAGCGUCCAAAACCGCCGCGAACCAUACCGAGCGCCUGUUGCCUAGCAUCCAAAACAGGGCACAGGAAAUGGAUGAAAUGCUGCUAUCUACCACUCAGGCCCGCAAUGAGCUGGCUGCCGACUCUUUGGUGUUCAUGCGCUCCAUUGCCGAAAUCACCACCUUUCUCCACCAGGUCAAGACACAGAUGGCCGCGCUCCACCAGGGCGAAGACGAGAUGGCAACUUUCGAUUACCUACGGUUGCUGCGAGAACUCCCCUUCAUGUAUGCCUCCUUUGUCGCCGAAGCUAUACGUCGAAAGGAAUGGUCAGACAAGGUCAAGGCAGAUUCUUCAACAUUGGCCAACGAGAUGGCGGUGUUUCAGCAUGAAGAACUGAAACGACGACAGAAAUGGCAGAAGAUGGUGGGCAGUACUUAUGGCCCCGAGGAGCCGGAGAACAAUGUACUAGGUCUCGAGGUGAACCUGCUCGGUGACGAGGAACAGUGGCCCUCGCUGGAGAAGAAAGAUCUGGACGAGUUCGUGGCGGCCAUCAGGCGCCAGAAGGCUGACGACACUGUGCUGGAAGACAUUUCGAAGCUGAUGAACGACUUGAGCAACCCUACCAAACAGCAAAUGAAGCGAGUGAAGGCUUCCAAGAAUGGCAGUGUGCACGAGGCUGCCCUAGGUAGAAGUGGCCUGAUGAUACGGGGUGAUGACGAUCUGUUACGCAGUCUGCAAGAUGAGAAGACUAGGUUAGAGAGCAAGUUGAAAACGGCAGAGAGCCGUGUUCGCCGCCUAGAAGGCUUGCUUCAUCGUCAAAGCACCGAAUCAAGACCUUCACUUGGAAACAUGUUUCAGCCUGGCAGCCACGAGCGCAAUAAUUCUGUCUCCUCGAUCAGAUCACCAGGACUGCCCGAAGACCGACGGCAUUCCUCGAUUUCGGAGAACAGCGAGACACUUCUGCGGCGUAUUACCCAACUAGAAGGUGACUUGCACACUGAGAAAGAACGCUCAGCUGUAUUUGGGCAAGAAGCUGCCGCCCGUACUAGGGACAUGGAAGGUCGUAUCGACGAAGCCAAUUCAACUAAGAAGGACCUCCUGGAGAACAUGGAGGCUCUGAAGAGGGAGUUUGUCGAAGAGCGAAAGUCCCUCGAAAAUGAGAUCAGGACCUUGAGGGCACGGCUGGAAGAGACCGAGGAUGAAAUCGAAAACUUCGGCGAAUCCAGAGAAAAUGAAAAGGUCUCGUACGUUGAGCGAAUGCGAUCGCUGGAAGAUGAGGUUCAACGCCUCACACAGGCGAAACAGGACGAGCACCUGAAAACGCAGGGGCAAGUUGACUUUCUCCGUAACGAAAGCCGAAUUCAACGGGAGCGUAACGAGUCUCUAGAGCGAGAGCUUCUGGAGGCGAACGAAGCGAUCAAAGCCCUGACCAGGAGAGCGGAGACCUCGGAAGCAAGCAAUGAGACUCAGAUCCACAUCCUGAGAGACCUUCACGGCCAGAUGUCUCCGAGGGAGCGUGUCCCCGAUGAGAUCAACGAGCUUAUGGAAGCUGUCGCAUCGAAAGCAAGCGAUGUCUUGGCAAAAGUUCAGUCUCUGGAAGAAGACAUGGUUUUACUGAAGUCCGAUCUCGAGGUGGCUCAGGAGACUAUCAAGGAGGGCAAAGCCGAACUGGCACAAACCCAAGACCGCCUAUCAUCUGAGGAGGCGACCAGGUUGAAGCUGCACGAAUCUCUUGAGGAAGAGAAAGCUAAGAGCUCUACGCUCGAGGGCGAGGUUCAAGAAGGACGGGAUCAAGUCAACCAACUCCGCAAGAAGAUGACUGAAGGUGAAUCCGGCUCAGACACUUUGAGACAGAAACUAGCAGACGAAGAGAAGCGAGUGGCAGAACUCUCCGAAACUCUUGCGGCCAGGCAGUCCCAGAUCGGUAGCUUGGAAGAAGAGGUGCGCAUGUAUCGGGAAAAGCUGGAAAGCUCGGAUUUACGGAUGAUGGGGCUCAGCCAACGCUUCGAAGGGCGCAACGAGCGUACGAAAGAUAUUACGCAACGCCUGUUCACCCACAACGAACGAUUGAGCCGACUUCUCGAGCGCUUGUCUUUCUCGGUCACGAAGCAAGACGGAAAGACUAUCAUCCAGAAAAUUCCACGGGCUGAGCGUACUUCACGAGAUCCAAACGACUCUUCUGAUCCGAGCAGUUCUGUCCGGCGUUCUGUGUCGCUUACAACUGCUACACUUGCUGACAGCACUGAUCUGAAGUCCAUUUACUGGAUGAACGCCGAGGAUACGGAAAUGGAGACUUCUCAAUACCAAUCCUUUGUCUCAGGUCCUGGCUUGUUUGAUGUCGACGCCUUUGCCGAGGCCAUUUACCGCCGUGUAAAGGAGUUGGAGCACACCGCACGCAAGUACACUCGUGAUGCUAGGACCUACCGAGAGCGGGCUCAUCAAGCCGUCAAGGAGUCACAUGACAAGAUCGCAUUCCGUCACUUCAAGGAAGGCGACCUGGCUCUUUUCCUGCCGACUAGAAACCAGACAACAGGGGCUUGGGCGGCCUUCAACGUCGGAUGCCCACACUUCUUCUUACGCGAGCAAGAGAGCCACCGGCUUAGGCAGCGCGAAUGGCUUGUCGCUCGCAUAACCAAGGUUCAGGAGCGCGUCGUCGACCUGUCUAAGAGCCUUAGCUCGACCACUGCCCAGCACCCGUCCGAGACCGACUCGAUCAACACGGGCGACGAAUUCGACAACCCGUUCGACCUUUCUGACGGCCUGCGCUGGUGGCUUGUUGAAGCACAUGAAGAUAAGGCUGGUGCGCCGGCUACGCCUGGGCUCGGUAAAAGUACAGUCGCCGCUAAUAACGUCGAGGCUAUGGCCGACAUACGCACACACCAGGCUCGCUCAGGCGCCAGCAAGCUUCUGCCCGGCAGCAAGAACACUGGCAUCGAGGGUGUCAGCAGGACCCUGAGUAAGAGUCUCGAGAGCCGCCGCUCCAGCUCUGGCAGCACGAAGAGGGUGCUACCUUUUGCUGGCGGCGCAGGGGCCGGUGCGGCAAAGAGCAGUGCCUUGGCCAGCGAGACGAACAGUCUACGUGCUGCACCGGCAGACAGCCCAGAAAUGGGCGGAAGUAUAGCCGGAUCCUCCAAGGGCAAAAAUCCUGAACCGUCCGCCCCCGCGGCUGCGUCGAAGACGAGCAACGGUGACAACGGUGGUGACCAAGUCAACGAGGACCAGCAGCGGAUGCCGCAUCCAUCAUCUAGCUCGCCUUCCAAAUCACCGUCCAAGUCUAGGUCGGAAAGAGCGUCACAAGCUGGUAGUCCGCAGAAGUAUAGGCCACACCACCAUCACGACCAGCAACAGCAGCAGUCGCAACAACAACACGGCCAAGGCUCAGGGGGUAGCGCGCAGCAUCAGCUUCAAAGAGAAACGAGCAACGCCAGUGCCGAGGGUCGUGACAAGAGCGUUGUAUGGGACUCGCUCUGGAGUCUGGAUGUGAGCUACCCGGGGAAAUAG